CGGAUGUGCACGAGCCUAAACUCUCCAUAAUUAGACAACCUGGGUGGCGGCAAGAAUCCACUAACCACAUUUUUCUUUUGUCCCAGGAAGCAACAUGAAAUCCCGGAUCGCGGAGCUCGAGCGCGAGAACUCCUUCCUACGGCAGCAAGCCAGGCUCCUCCCCUUGCAUGCUUCGAGGCCGCCGGCUGUGCGGUGCUGCAGCAGUGACCUGUCGAGCCUACAUUCGGCCCAGUGGGACCCCACCGGGGAGUUCAUGGUCCUCGAAGCCAGCCUCUUGCCCGAUGACAACCAGACGAAUUUCCCCGAGGGACAGCCCGAACGUCGUCCGCGGCCACUUGGGGGGGAGGAAGAGAAGGACGAGGAGGACAUCGCGAGGUUCCAGUUGCCGGAACCAGACACAGUUGGGGGUGACCAUCAGAUUCAUGGGCUAAGUCCACCGCCGUCGUUGAGGAGUUACGAUCCCCCACCGCCACCGCGCUCGGCAUCAUCCCCGAUCCCCAUGUCUUAUCCGGGCGUGGUGGGUCCGGGCGAGAAAAUAACGGCCGAGAACAUGCUAUACCCACCUUCGCAAACACCACCACCACCAUCACAAAGAAAGACACCGUCGGUAUCGGGUAGUGCCACGAACGCGCUGCACCUCGCCACGGUGUCGGGGAACGCCCAAUGCGUGGAAAUCCUGUUGGAGCACGGCUUCGACUUCAACUCGGUGGACAGCCACGGACGCACCGCGCUCAUGCUGGCGGCCUCGAUGGAUAGCGCGGAUCUGGUCCGCACUCUGCUCGUACGAGGGGCCGACUCGUCGGUAUGCACACCGAGCGGACAUACGGCGCUGGAGAUCGCGGCGCAACUCGGGAAUGCGAAUGCGCUGGCAGCCCUGCUUGGUGCGGUGGCUAGGAGGGACAGCGUGGUGAACAAUUAGCUGCAUGGAAACGGUGGUUUCAGGGCCGCGGGGUAGAAAAAAAAAAAGAUUUUGGUCGCAGUGAGUCUCUGGGCUCUGACUGGGAAGAAAGUUGAUGCAGGAAAAGUGAGAAAAAGAAGGGAGACUAUUGCCUCAUCCAAAAAAUACGUGUAUGGUUAGGAGGAGUUCGCGGUGCUGUCAU